GUUUUCCAAUCAGCUGCAAUGUCCAGCCCAACUCUCCUCACCUUGACCCUCGUGGCCUGCGCGGGGCUGACCCUCGUACCUCUGGCGUCGGGUCAGAGGUCACGGUACCGAGACGGCAUCCCGAGGGAGUGGUCUGUGUUCGAGUACCCUGACCCCCAUUCCCUGAACCAGGACCAGCAAAGAUUGUGUGGUCGUUACAACGUCUCCUCAGUCUGCGACCCCAACGGACUCAUCUCUGAGACGGAUGCCAACGCUUUGGACAGCCUGAUCAACUCGGUGUACAGAGAAACCACAUGCCUGUGUGCUGACUGUAUCCUUAAAGGUCACGGCUACAUUAUCCGGGUGGCCAUUAUGCCGAAGAUGCAGCGUGUCUUCCCCUUUACACUCUGACCAGGCAGAACACAAAGCUGAAACUGUCCAACGACGACGUGAAGAGGAUCUCCAUGACAGUCCGUCAUUAUUUUGACGACCAGAGCACCAUUGCUGACGGACUCAUGGAAAUGAUUCGCCGUUACAGACUCGUCUUCGAAGAUAACUAUCUGGAAGCUUUCCAGCCUUCAGCCGGUGGAGGUCGACAGGGAUGAAGAGACGGAUCAAGACGUCUGUAUCUUGGGACGACGUUGUCUUCACCUACUUCCGCCCACGCCUUGGAGUGUUUUUACUUUGAGGAACCUACACAAAAAAAAACAACGCUAAAGAUAAUAAUUAUGAUAACUUUAAAAAAAUGUCAAUUACAGCAAAAUUGUGCUGAAUAGAGGUAACAUUGUUUUCCUCUAAAACUUACGCUAUAAUGAUUUUACUGGUUGAGACCUUAACGAAAAAGUGAUGGGU